CCAUAAUGCACUCCCGGAUCAUCAGCGGGAAACCAAAAUGGCGAACGUGCUGGGGGAAAAUGAACCGUUUGUUGUUUUAUGAAGAAGGCUCGGGCGCCGCGCAUUUUCCGCCGUUUUCCCUCGGACAUAACUUCAGAAACAAAAGCGACCCGCUAACGCCGGUCGCUCCUAUCCGGUUAUUUCAUCGUGCAAGUCGUGUUGUAGCAGCGGAGGUGGCCGAAUGAGAGACUCUGCGGCUGUGGACCACCUGUCUGUCCAUCAGAGAGCUCUCCCCCCGCGGCAGCAGCAGCAGGCGGCGCUCCUGACCCCCACCAGCCUCUCUCCCGGGGAAGAGUAUGGAGAAGACACCAUGCCUGACAGGUUCACAGAGGGGCAGGACGUCUUGGCCCGGUGGUCGGACGGCUUGUUCUACUUGGGAACGAUCACAAAGAUAGAUCGGGACAAGCAGCGAUGCUUUGUGGUUUUUGAAGACCGGUCAAAGUCCUGGGUGCUCUGGAACAAUAUUCAGACAGUUAACAGUCCACAGAGUGUCUGGCCCCAGUUCAGUUCCAGUGAGCUGUCCACAUGUGAAGAUGAGCAUAGGGAAGGGGAUGAGGAUGAUGAUGAUGAGGAGGAUGACAUUGUCUGCUCCAUAUGCCAGGAUGAAAGCUCAGAGGAGCCCAAUGAGAUUGUCAUUUGUGACAAGUGUGGACAAGGGUACCAUCAGCUGUGCCACUCUCCCAUCAUCGAUGCCACUGUCAUCGACUCAGAUGACAAGUGGCUCUGCAGGCAGUGUGAGCUCGCUGCUGCUCCGAAGAGGGGAAGCACUCAGAGGAAGGGAGCUAAUGUUAAAGGCCUUAAGCAGGAAGAGCAGCAGCACGUCGAGUUGCACCUCUCCUUCCCGUACACCCUGGAGGAGCUGGUGUGGGACCCGGGCCACAAGACUAACAUCCAGGAGUGCUACUGCUACUGCGGACGUCCAGGAGACUGGUACCUGAAGAUGCUGCAGUGUAACCGGUGUCAGCAGUGGUUCCAUGAGGCGUGUCUGCGUUGCUUACAGAUGCCCAUGCUCUAUGGAGACAGGUUUUAUCUAUUUAUCUGUUCUGUUUGCAACUGUGGACCAGAGUACCUCAGCCGACUCCCUCUCAGAUGGGAGGAUGUUGCACACCUGAGCCUGUACAACCUGAGUGUGAUCCACAAGAAAAAAUACUUUGACUCUGAAAUAGAGUUGAUGACCUACAUCAACGACAACUGGGAGCUGCUGCAGCUGGGGGAGCUUGCCAAUACUCCAACAUCAGAGCGAUACGAAAGUAUUCUGAAAGCGUUAAACAGUAACAAAAGCAUGUUCAUGUCAGGGAAGGAAAUAAAGAAAAAGAAGCACUUAUUCGGCCUGAGGAUCCGUUUCCCUCCUGCCCCUCCAAACUCUGAGGAGCCGACCAGCAGAGUGGCAGAGAAAGCUUCACAUGAGAUCACCAUCAAGGGACGCAAGUCCACCAAACCUCUGUCUAACACCAGAACCUCCAAACCUUUAACCAACGGCGCAGUGAAGAAGAGAAAGAGGAAGCAAGGGACGCAUUCUCUGGAGACUCUUGCUAAACUACGAAGCUCCGGUGAACUCCUCUCCCAGGAAGUAAGGAAGCCUCUACCACUAGAGCCCCAUUCAUUGGAUCUCUUAACCUCUAGCAACAGCAGAAGUGACAGGUCCCUGCCAUCUUCUCUGACCUCAGACGUGGAAUCCAUAGGAGCCAUGAGCACCACAGAAACUACCUCAACUAGCAUUUCAAGACAGUCCAGCCUCUGUAGCUCCAGCAAGACACGCUCCACCAGCCACGUCAUACCCGUCUCCCAUCCACCGCUAAAGAGGAAACGUGGGCGGCCACGACGGGCCUUGCAGCCCCCCAACCCAGAGAUUCCCCCUCCCAGCCACGCAGACCCCAACUCGUCAGCCACAGAGAUGCCCAGCCCCCUGCCAGGGCUCCACUCUACAGACAUAGUUCACGGCCUGGACCCUGACAGCCAGCUGUCCCACCUCAAGAGCUCCAUAAGCAGCUAUUUUGGAGCAGCAGGGCGGCUGGCUUGUGGAGAAAAGUACCGAGUCCUCGCCCGGCGGGUGACCCUGGACGGGAAAGUCCAGUACCUGGUGGAGUGGGAAGGAGUCACAGCCUCCUAGACUUUACACUGUCAUCACCACCUCUAACCAGGGCUAACAAGAGGUUUAUGCCAGUCCUCUGAGGGCAGGUUCACGCAGCCCUUAGUCAAAGCAUUAAUUGAUAUUUGCCUUUUGUUUGGCCAGUGAUAGUUGCUGUGAAGCCUACUGGUUUAAUGCAGGCCAAGGUGAUUCCAGUUCAUGGUAACACAAGUGUCCCUCAAGAUUGUAAAUGCAUCAUUGAGUUUACUAUGAAGAUUAGGAUGUAUGACACAAAAUGACCUUAUUUAGGAUUUUUUUUUACUUUCAUUAUCAAUAGUUAGUUUUUAUAGAAUCACCUAUAUAUUCCCAAGACAAUAAUUUAACAGUGCACUGUGCCUGUAGGCUUUCAGUAAAGCACUACUGUGCUUGAUUUUUUUUUUUUUUAAAUUCCAGUGACAUGCUUUGAUGUUUGACAUUUUGGUGACUUUGUGGUUGCCCCUGACCAGUUUUUGACAGAAUGUAGAAGGUCAGGUAAUGAACGGUGAACCUUGGAGAAAGAGAGAGGGGAAAUUGUGUUCAAAGAGGUUAAAUAUUUUUGACGAAUGCAGUCCCCUGCCUCUCAACUGCUAGCUGUGAGUACCUCUUGUUGCCUUGGGCAGACGUGUCCUUCAAGUCAUGUUUCAGAAAGUGUGCUCAACUGUGAGCCGUUCAGGUGGAACUUAAAAAAACAAGACGGAUGUUGUGCUGCUGCAGACUUGUUUAUUAUUUUAUAUAGAAUUAUACUACAUCUAUUAUUACCUUUUCUACUUGUAUUUUCUAAUAUGCCUUUUCUGUCCAGUAGGGCAUAUUUCUCUGAUUUUUAUUUUUUUAUUAUCAUGGAUUCACUUGCACAUAUCAAUUACCUGUUAGGCUGUCAUCUCAUCUCAUCUCAUCUCGCAGAUUAUCUAAUCUUUCCACCUCAUCCCAGGCAGCGAUUCUCAUUCCUGCUUAAGUUUCUCAAGUCUUUUUUUGAUGGUAAUGGCAUAACCCCCAGCAGCUUAAGCUUGAGUGUCAUAUUUUGGAAGAAAACAGCAUCUAUACAUAUAAACAGUGUUAUUUCAGUAUAAAAAUGUACAGAAUCCCAAACGUGAGGGGAUUUUUUUUUAAGGUGUGCUUCUGAGAAAGAUUGUUAGUAACUUGUGUUGAAUCCAAAAUAGUAACAAAUAUAUAAAUUUUGUCCCAAGUCUGUAUUGUGUUUUCUCAAAGGUUUUUGUUUUACAAGUAGCUUGGAUGUCUUCGUAUAGUACAAAUAUAUAAUCUCAUUUAAAGCAUUUUGAUUGGAAAUUGCAAAAUUGAACUGUAAUCAUGUUAACUUUGAAAUCUGUAAGGACCUAUUGAGUUUUUUAUUUGAUGACAGUUGCGCCAGUGAAUUGUGCAACAGAGGACAAUGGAGUACUCAUAAACCUUCAUUCACAGUUGCGAUACUGUUUAAUUUUAUUGAGCUGCCUAUGCAAUUUGGUCCUCAAAGAAACAUAUUUCAGUCAAAAUUGCACCGUUAUGCUUGAGAAAGACGAGCUGCAACAUUAUUUUCAACUCCUCUUUUUAGUUGAAAUGUCUCAGGCAUCCUGGUACUAUUUAUUUUUGUCAUCAUCAAAGCUGCACUUAUUUUUUUGUAAUCAUCAUUAUUAUUAUUUUUGGCCAAGCUCACCUUGCAAACUCUCAGGAUAUAUGUGCAAAACCUUCACUGUAUUACGCAGAAGGCCAGAAUCUGGCAUGUGACAAGAGGUUUGGAUGUAAAUUAUUCACUGAUGUUGAUCAGUAUUUUUUUCAGGCUCUCCAUUCUAUCAACUGUAGCAUUAAUUUCAACCGUAUUUGUGUUUAAGCUGUUGUUGUUUUUUUUUCCUCAGCAAAAUCGUGUAUAACCAGUUAAUUUACAGUCAUUUGUUUAUGCUAAGUCAGAAACCAAAUCAGUCACUGGAAAUCUAACAUAAGCUGUACUUAGUUGCAAGAGGUAAAUAAUGAAUCACUACAUCUCUUUCUGGAGAUGUCUUUGUUUUGUUGCUCUGAGAAGAAAGAAAAGAUCAUUUUUGGGGGGGAGACGUAAGUGAUUUGACUUUUUUUUUUUUUUUUUUUUGACACUGAUACCUCUUACUUUACAGGUUUGUUGUGGCAGUGCAUCUGUCCAGCCAGUGUUAGACUAACCAGGUGUUGCUGUUUGCUCCCACUGGCUCUGAGCAGGCUUCUGCAGCCAAAGAACAUAAACGUGUCGUCUGCGCUGUCUCUUGAAUUUCCUCAUGUUACAUUUUUUUUUUUUUUUUUUAUAUAUACAUUACCAUAUAGGUGGAUGUGUUGCUUCCAAACAUGUUAAAAUAAAAAUCAGAUAUUUUGACGCUGA